AUGUCUUGGAGUUCCACUGGCUUAAUGUUUUUGCGUUACACGCAGGGAAUUGAUUUAUAUGGUAAUUAUGUAACAUGCAAUUUCCAAAAUGAUAAAAAGCGAAUGUAUUUCGUAGAUGGAAAUACAUAUGAUGCCACAUAUGUAGAGACACUUUCUGCUACGCACAAUUCAUUUUCAGAAAGGAUGUUCACAACUACAUCCCAUCUUGGUGUUAGUUUAUCGCUAGCUUUACCUAGAUAUACUCAAAGAUCAGCCGCUAUUGCCUCAACACCAGCUUUUACAGUCAAAGCUCGAUAUAGUGAUAAUUUUUUGGAAAAUUUGGGCCCGUGCCUGCUUAUUAUCACUAUUUUUCGAUAUAGUGAUAGUGAUAAAAUUUGA